GAGGCAGCACAGGAACGUCCCCGACCACCUCCAGCACGGGGACCCCGUCACCAUCCGCUUCUUCUCACCUUCUGUCUCCAUCCUGCUCUCCUCCAGCCUUCCAUCUGGCCCCCAACACUUUCAAUGUUGGCUGCCGGGAGAGUCAGCUUUGCAACCUCAACCUGUCUGAUUAUCCUCCGUGUGCCAGAAGCAACAUGGCAGCCCUGCAGAGCUACCCAGGGCUGAGCGACGGGGGCUACAACCGGCUGCAGAGCAGCUCCGCUUCUGCCUCGCAGCCCUCCGAAACCUUCAUGCCUCAGAGGACUCCCUCCUUGAUCUCAGGAAUGCCGGCUCCUUCCUCCCUGCCCAGCAACAGCAAGAUGGAGGCGUACAGUGGCCAGCUGGGAUCUUUCCCCAGCUCCCAGUUUCAGUAUGUCAUGCAAGCAGGCAACCCUGCCUCCACCUCCUCCUCUUCACACAUGUUCGGUGGUGGCCACAUGCAGCAGAGCUCCUACAACGCCUUCUCCCUGCACAAUCCCUACAACCUCUAUGGAUACAAUUUCCCUGCUUCCCCCAGGCUGGCAGCGAGCCCAGAGAAACUCACCACCUCCCAAAGCACUUUACUCUGCUCUUCCCCGUCCAGCGGGGCCUUUGGAGAGAGGCAAUACCUUUCCACGGGGAUGGAUCACGGGAUGCACAUGAUCAGCCCUCCCUCCGGCAACCAGCAGACGGCCGCCGCCUGCGACAACAGGCAGUACGGAGCGGUGCAGGGCUCCUCCUCACAGAUGUCUGUGCACAUGGUCUAACAGCCACGCCUCUCCUCGGCAUCGAAGGCAGCCGGACCUUCGUCGUUCCCAGGGGUGAACCCGUCCCAGUACUCUUUUGCCUUCAAACUUAUAGUGGAACUAGUAUUGUAAUGAUAAACAAGAACGUAAGCCAUCUUGGUGUGUGCCCCAGAAACUUCUGGAGAGCCUCGACUGACAGCCAUCACAGCUUGUUGUAGCCCAGGGCCUCCAGGAUGGCACGGAGCACCUGCUUUUUCUGGACAUUGCAGAGAAGAGGGCACGACUUGAACGAGAACCUGGAGAGAAGCAGCUGAAUUUACUGUUUAUGCAUUAGCUUUAGGCAGUGUGAGCUUUCAGCGUGGAGAGACCCAUUCCCUGUGCUGUCUCCUCCGAGUCUUGAGGAAGGGCAGCCUCCCAGGGCUUCAUCCUCUGAAGCUGUGCUGCCCAUGGCUCUAAAGACCUCCCCCUUCCCAGACAGUUCCUCACUGCCGGAGUGGCUCAGCCCGUUUUGAAACCAGCAAGGCCUGUGGGUCCUUCUUCCACUGUGGCACGGGAAUGGCGCUGCCGGGCUGGAGCUUCCCCUGAAGAGGUUCCUCAUUUUCACCAUGGCUCUGCCCAACCGGCUGUUUCUUUAUGAAGGUCGAGCUCACCAGCACCCGGCCUGCAGAUGGAGAUGGGAGAGAGAGGAGAGGGAAAAGUCUUAGCUCACAAAUGAGCCUCAGACAGAAGUGGGGAUGGAACUUUGGGAAGAUGAAUGGGGGGGAUGGGGGCUCAGCUCCUCUUGACUUGACUGGAAGUAAUGCAGCGAAACCGAAUGGAUGACGGCCUUUGUGGGGAAUGUGUUUCUCCCACAGCACUCGUCCCAGUGGGAAGAAACUGUCCAGACUGAGCUCAUGGGGAAGAGCGAUGAGAAAAGAGAGCUCUACAGGAGUGCAGCUGACCUUGCAUGCGAGAGUUGCCUUAGAAAACCAUUAGCAUUUCAGAAACAGUGAGGCUGAGUAUCUGCCAACCUUCCACCUGCCACAUGGUCUCUGUUUAACCAAAUAGAUCAUUGCCUUUUAAAAUCUUUCUUUCCUGUUUUUUUUUUUUUUCCUUGAUUUUUUUUUUUCUUUUUUCUCUUCAAAUCCUUUAAAAAUAAGAAAACAAUUGUAGCUUGGUGCAAGCUAUGCAUUUAAGUUGUGUGAAAAUGCAAAUACCAAGUAACAGAAUACAGAUAUUAUUGAGAGUUGUUGUGAGGUGUUGUAGAUAAAUGUAUUUAUAUGCCUAGUGGGGUAUUCAAUAUUAUGAAUAUAAAAGAGGGCAAUAAAAAUGGUAUGUAAAAUAUGUAUGAAGAAAAAGCUGUAUAAAGAUUUGCCCUAUGCACGGAACUCUGUUUCUAAGUGCCAAGCACAGAAAGCGCUAAAUAAAUCUUUGCAAUUGUUC